ACCACAAAAUACACAGUCACUCUUUCUCCUCCUCACUCCGUUUCUCUCCUCUCCCCUCGCAAAGUUUCCAGCUUUUACUGUCUCGAUCGUCGAUCCUCCCCUUCGAGAUUUCUCGACCAUGUUGCUCCGAGCAGCCCCUGCUUUCUCUCUCCUCAGCUCUCCCGGAGACGCCCUCUCUCCGCCGUUGCCGUCUUUUUCUUCCUCUUCUUCUCCGGCGAGCCCGCCGGCGCUUCGAUUCUCGAGCGGCAGAAAUGGAGGCUCGCUGGUGGUCUGUGCGAGCAAAGAGCAGAACAGCCGGCCGCUCACCGGCGUCGUGUUCCAGCCCUUCGAAGAGGUGAAGAAAGAGCUCGAUCUCGUGCCCACCGUGCCUCAGGCCUCGCUCGCGCGCCAAAAGUUCGCGGACGAGUGCGAGGCUGCCAUCAAUGAACAGAUCAAUGUGGAGUACAAUGUCUCGUACGUUUACCAUGCCAUGUAUGCCUACUUUGAUCGGGAUAAUGUUGCGCUCAAGGGACUUGCCAAAUUUUUCAAGGAGUCGAGCGAGGAGGAGAGAGAGCAUGCUGAGAAGCUGAUGGAAUACCAGAACAAACGAGGUGGAAAGGUAAAGCUGCAAUCCAUCCUGAUGCCCCUUUCUGAGUUUGAUCAUGUGGAGAAGGGUGAUGCACUUUAUGCAAUGGAGCUCUCAUUGUCUCUGGAGAAGCUAAAUAAUGAAAAGCUUCUGAAUUUACACAGCGUGGCUGAGCGUAACCAUGAUGUGCAAUUGACAGAUUAUGUUGAAAGUGAAUUCUUGGCUGAGCAAGUGGAAGCCAUAAAAAGGAUUUCAGAAUAUGUUGCUCAACUCAGAAGAGUGGGCAAAGGACAUGGAGUUUGGCACUUCGACCAAAUGCUCCUCCGCGAGGAAGAAGCAGUGGCGUGAUGAGGUUGCUUUCUCAAUGCGGCCUGGGAGAAGGGCGAAUGCAGGGUCCUUUUGUGCCCGUAGAUCUUCGGUUGACAUUUCUGGGUGGUUUAUGAAUGGUGUGAUUUCUCAGAUAGUUCUCAUGUUAAAGAUAGACGCAGUGCAGCUUUUCUUAAAAAACAGUGGAUACGAAUAAGAACAAUUUUGUUUGUGGUUUUUUGA